AUGUGUGACGUACAUUACAAGCUGCGUGUUGUGAUUCAAUUUUUAGUGAAAUCUGGCGAAGAACCCUCGGAAAUCCUCCGAAAAUUGCAGGUUGUCUAUGAAGACCAUAACAUGUCAAAAAUGCAUGUGUUUGAAUGGGCAAAGCCGUUCAAGAAAGGGCGUGAAUCGGUGGAAGACGAUCCACGUGAAGGAUCUCCCGUCACCUUUCGUACCGACGCUAAUGUUGAUAGUUUCCGCAUGUUAAUCACGUCUGACCGUUCGUUUAAGCAUUCGUGCAUUGUCUUAGGAGUUAAACAUCACAAAGAAACGGUUAGGAAGAUGUAA